GAGCGGCUGCAGGCUCGUAACGUCCCGGGGCCGCGUUUGAAUCGGGCAGCGCCUGCCUCGGUCCGCCGCUGCGCCUGCCUCGGUCCGCUGCUGCCUGCUUCGGCUCCCCCCGUCCCCCUCCCUGCUCCUCCUGCCCGCUCCCGGCACACCUUCCGUUCAUCAGCACUCCGGCCUGACCCAGCCAUGAGCGCCAAGGUUGGGAAGGCGACGGCCGUAGCUCGACCGGCGACCGUAGCGGAGCCGGCCCGCACGGGGAGCUCGGAGGUACCGAAAGUCCUGGUGGACCCGCGGACUCGGCGUAGCUUUGUGUGCGGGAGGUUCCUGGGGAAGGGCGGCUUCGCUCGGUGUUACGAGCUAACGGAGACGGAGAGUCAGGAGGUGUUCGCGGGCAAGGUGGUGCCCAAGUCUCUGCUGGUGAAGCCUCACCAGAAGGAGAAGAUGUCCAUGGAGAUCGCCAUCCACCGCAGCCUGUCCCACCGCCACGUUGUCGGUUUCCACGGGUUCUUUGAAGACUCCAAUUUCGUCUAUGUGGUGCUGGAACUCUGCCGCCGCAGGUCGCUGCUGGAGCUGCACAAGCGGCGGAAGGUGCUGAGCGAGCCCGAGGUGCGGUACUACCUGCGACAAACCAUCCUGGGCUGCCAGUACCUGCACAGCAACCGCGUCAUCCACCGCGACCUCAAGCUGGGCAACCUCUUCCUCAGCGACGACAUGGAGGUCAAGAUCGGUGACUUUGGCCUGGCCACCAAAGUGGAGUAUGAUGGCGAGCGCAAGAAGACACUGUGUGGGACUCCCAACUACAUUGCCCCAGAGGUGCUGGGCAAGAAGGGGCACAGCUUCGAGGUGGACAUUUGGUCCAUCGGCUGCAUCAUGUACACCCUACUGGUGGGCAAACCACCUUUUGAAACAUCUUGUCUGAAGGAGACGUACAUCCGCAUCAAGAAGAACGAGUACACGAUCCCCAAGCACAUCAACCCUGUAGCUGCUAACCUCAUCCAGAAGAUGCUGAGGUCUGACCCUGCUGCCCGCCCGACUAUCGAUGAGCUGCUGAAUGAUGAGUUCUUCACGUCAGGCUACAUCCCCACCCGCCUGCCCACCAGCUGCCUCACCAUGGCUCCCAGGUUCUCCUUUGCCCCCAGUGGGCUGGAGCUGAAUGGGAGGAAGCCACUGACUGCGCUCAACAAAGGACCAGACAAUCCUGCAGUAGAGAACCUGCCUGAGAAGGAGGAUGUGAUGGGGCUGCAGGAGCUGGGAGAUACUGUGAACUGUCACUUGGCAGACAUGUUACAGCAGCUGACUGCACUCAACUCAGCCAAGCCCUCUGAGAGAGCCAUAGUGCGGCAAGAAGAAGCUGAGGACCCAGCCUGCAUUCCCAUCUUCUGGGUUAGCAAAUGGGUGGACUACUCAGACAAAUAUGGACUAGGUUACCAGCUAUGUGACAACAGUGUGGGAGUUCUCUUCAACGACUCCACUCGUCUCAUCAUGUACAACGACAGGGACAGCUUGCAGUACAUUGAGCAGAACAGCACCGAGUCCUACUUCACUGUCAGAUCCUACCCCUCUGCCCUCAACAAGAAGAUCACACUACUCAAGUACUUCCGCAACUACAUGAGUGAGCACCUGCUGAAGGCAGGCGCCAACAUCACGCCGCGGGAAGGGGACGAGCUGGCACGGCUGCCCUACCUCUGCACCUGGUUCCGCACCCGCAGCGCCAUCAUCCUGCACCUCAGCAACGGCACUGUGCAGAUCAACUUCUUCCAGGACCACACCAAGGUCAUCUUGUGCCCUCUGAUGGCUGCUGUCACCUACAUAGACGAGAAGCGGGACUUCCGCACCUACAAGCUGAGCCUGAUCGAGGAGCACGGCUGCUGCAAGGAGCUGGCCACGCGCCUGUGCUAUGCCCGCACCAUGGUGGAGAAGCUCCUGGCUUCCAAGUCGGGCUCUGUCCGCGUCAAAGCCACCGCUUAGCCCUUGCUCUCCAUGGACUUAGCAUCCGUAUGUGCCAACCUGUCCCAGCUGCGGAGCGGGGGGACUCUGGUGGUGCCCCUGCUUGCGUCACAACCUCCCCUCGCAGCUGGGCUCUGCUCCUGAAUGUGGUUCAGCUGCCACAAGGAAGCUCCUGGUGCUGUGGGGAUGGCAUUGCUCGUUCUGACUGUUGUCCAAAGGGUUUUUGCUCCCCACUCCUUAUAGUCUGGUUUUUAACUGCAUCCGUAGUUGUAUUAAUGUUCCAAAGCCUGAUGCCAGCACCAACCCUCUGGGUUGAGGCUUCUGGGCCUUCUCUGGAGAGAACAAAGGACAGGAGAGCAGGACUAUCAUGUAAGUUAUUUCUGUGUGACCGUGCUCGUGCUCCAGGCCUUUGUUUCCUCUUGUGGACAUUCAGGUGACACUGAGCAAUUAGACUUUUACUGCUGAAAUUUAUCUACCUGGAACCCAAACUUUUUGUAUAUUGUAUUACUUGAUUAAAGAUUGUUCCAUGCAGUGCCAAA